AUGCUGGUAACCUAUUUGGAAGCCAGCCGGGACCUUUGCGAGACGGACUCAGUUCUUUUUGGCGCCGCAGUAGCAGCUUGUCGUAUUAUUGGCGCCAAACUUCGCAUGGCUGGAUGCGCUACUAAACAAAGUAGCGCCAUCCCAGCCUGGAGAAAAAGAAUUGAGGACCGUAUCGCAAAGGCAAGGGCCCUUAUCGGCAGACUGAUAAGCUUCAGGUCGGGUAAUAAUAGACCGAGGGUUGUGCGCACCGUUAGAAUGGCGUUUGCUGGGACAAAUAUCAGUUUGUCCCAGCCGGAUAUCACGCAGAAACUAACGGAGCGCAUAGACGACCUGAAGCAAAAGAUCGCUGCUUGGGGGAAGCGGAUUCGCCGAUUUACCGAGAGGUCAAGGCGGUUUAACCAGAAUCGUCUCUUCCAGAGUGAUCAGAAGAGGCUCUACAAAUCAUUGGAGCGACCAGAGGUAUGUGGAGCGGGCCCAGGACCGGAUCAGGCUAACACUGUCGCAUUUUGGCGCGGCCUGUGGUCAGAGCCCGUAAACCACAGCGAGGGCCCUUGGACGGAAGUUGCGGCGAGUCAGUGUGCGAGUAUUACGCCCAUGGACCCCGUCAUCAUAACGCCGGAUGACGUAGCUGAGGCGGUCCUUAGAGCCCCGAACUAG